GGGCUCAUGUAAUCAAAGAAGUUUCUUUGUUGUGUGUAUCUUUACAGAACACAACAGGAAUUGAAAAUGAAUCAGAACGCUACUGAGCCUGUGGCAGCCACCGAGACCCUGGCCGAGGUCCCUGAACAUGUGCUGCGAGGACUUCCCGAGGAAGUGAGGCUUUUCCCAUCUGCUGUUGAUAAGACCCGGAUUGGUGUCUGGGCCACUAAACCAAUUUUAAAAGGCAAAAAGUUUGGGCCAUUUGUUGGUGAUAAGAAAAAACGAUCUCAGGUUAAGAAUAAUGUAUACAUGUGGGAGGUAUAUUACCCAAAUCUGGGAUGGAUGUGCAUUGAUGCCACUGAUCCGGAGAAGGGAAACUGGCUGCGAUAUGUGAACUGGGCUUGCUCAGGAGAAGAGCAAAAUUUAUUUCCGCUGGAAAUUAACAGAGCCAUUUACUAUAAAACUUUAAAGCCAUGGGCUUUGAGCGGUGAGAUGCGACGGCAUCGGGCGGUCUGCGUUGAAGCACAGGGCUGGCCGGUGCGUGUCGCCGGCCUGUCUGCGCGCCGCCGGGCGCCGACCAAGCGGAGCAGCCGGCUGGCAGUAGCGCCUGUGGGACCCUCAGGACCCGAUGGGAACACCUUUUCUGACUAUAACUUUGGAAUUAGAUGUCUGAGGGCUAUACCAGGAGCCCUUCCCGUGGCAAUAAGAGAAGCCCUGGAUUUCCUCAGACAUUACUGCAGCACUAGUGCAGCUAUGCGAUGUCAGCAGCCAAUUGUGCUCCUCUGUAGUGUUUCUCUGUUCGGAGAAUAUAACUUUGCAUGUGUCCAAAAGGUAUAA